AUGCCCGAACCAUUUGAAAUAGAGAAGUCGGGUGGGGUGUUUCUCUCUUCCUUCCUCCAGAGCAAGAAGCACGCCAACAAGGUGAGGCGGUACCUGUCCAUCCAUGGCGCAGAGGAGCUCUCCCACGGGAAGAAGAUGAAGCUGGAUGCAAAGCAGGACAGCAAGCAGGAGAGCAGCAGUGGGGAAGAUAGGAACAAGUGUUGUCCCAUCUGCAACAUGACCUUUUCCUCUCCAGCCGUGGCAACAUCUCACUAUUUGGGCAAGACUCAUGCCAAGAACAUGAAGCAGCAGUCCCCCAAAGUGGAAGAAGCAGUGUCCCCACAGAAACAUCCUGCUAGCCUCCCCACCUCUACUGCAUCUUCUAAUGAAGAGAACAAGGACAUUACUGACCCAGACAAGUUCUGUAGCCUCUGCCAUGCCACUUUCAACAACCCCCUUAUGGCAAAACAGCAUUAUGUAGGCAAGAAGCACAGAAAGCAGGAGACCAAACACAAGCUGAUGGCACACUACGGCCGAACCCCUGAUGCACCAGCAUCGUCCUUCAUGGCUGGGAAGGGGUACCCCUGCAGCACAUGUAACAUAGUACUGAACUCCAUAGAGCAGUACCAAGCUCACAUCAGUGGCUUCAAACACAAGAAUCAGAUGCCAGGAGCAGUGCCAGUUAUCGGACCGUUCCCGCCACAGCAGUACGUCCGGGAAGAGUCAACUGCCCCAGGAGGCUACAGUUACUUCAGCCAAGACUUCUAGAGCAAGUUGCAGCACUGUUCUUGGAGUUGUUGGUGGCCCAAGAACACACAUCCUCUGCCAGCCCACAAUGGUUUCAUUAUCCCUCUGGAUAAGCAAAGCUCUACCCUCCUGUAUGCACCCGUUGAGCAGAACGGGGACUGAAUCUGUCAGGAAAAUGAUCCAGCUGGAAGAGACUUGGCAGACAGCAAAUACUUCACUCCUUUAGAGUA